CCCCACUCCCGACGCGAGGGGCCCUGACGGCCACACCGGGUUUGGCGGUGAAUCCGUCAUAUCUAGUCUUGAGAGAAGGGUUGAAUCACCACUGCUAUGAUAAUAAUGCUCCAGCGCCAGUUAACCUAUACAUUUAAUUGUAAAAUUAAAACGAUAUGAGUAAAUUCAAAGAAAGAGCUGAACAGAAUCUUAAUGCAAGGAAACAAUUUACACGUAAUCAAGAAGUUGAAAACCCUUGUUGGAAGGAACAUAAUAUAAGUUUAAAAUGUCUAGAUAAAAACAAUUAUGACUACGAGAAAUGUACACUGCAUUUUGAAAAUUACAAAACCUGCAAAACCUUUUGGAAACAUGUAGUGACUGAUAGGACAAUACGGAACAUUCAACCAGCGCUUCCAUUACCUGAAGACAGAGAAAAAGUGAAAGCACAAUACUUCUCAUGAAAGACGAUACUUUGUUAUUUAUAUCUGUAUCUGAUCUAUGUACCAAGUUUAUAUGAAUUUCAUUGUGUCUUUGGAAACAUUUAUUUUUUAUUUAAUUAUGUAUGUAUGUACAUAGAAUAGUAAUCGCAAAUAUAGAAAUGAAAGUACAUUAAAAAUAAGUAUAUAUAGUU